ACUUCCAGGAAAAGGAAACUUCAGUGAAAUCGAAACUACUGGGGAAAGGGAGGGCCCCUGAGAGAGUCCAGGCACCUGGACCACAGCUGCCUCAUCCCCACCAUGAGCCGCACAUCCCAACCCUUCUUCAACGGUGCCCACAGCGGGGUCCUCCCAAGCUAUGAGAUGAUCAAGGAGGAGCACGAGGUGGCCGUGCUGGGGGCUCCCCAGAGCCAGGCCCCCGUGACCACCACGGUGAUCAACAUCCGCAGCGAGACCUCGGUGCCCGACCACAUCGUCUGGUCCCUGUUCAACACGAUCUUCAUGAACUGGUGCUGCCUGGGCUUCGUGGCAUUCGCCUACUCCGUGAAGUCUAGGGACCGGAAGAUGGUGGGCGACGUCGUUGGGGCCCAGAGCUAUGCCUCCACCGCCAAGUGCCUGAACAUCUGGGCCCUGGUCCUGGGCCUCCUUCUGACGAUCGUCUGCAUCAUUAUUUUCGCCACUGGCUCCCUGAUGAUUUUUCAAGCAGUUUCCCAGCUCAUAAACGACUAUGGCGGCUACUAGUAGCUGCCAGCAGCCUGAGGCAGUCACCCCUCUUCACUGCAGUUUAUACACGCGUCUGUCCACAGUUGAAUAAAAUAAAGCAUUUGUAUGUGA